GGGGAGACACGAGGAGACGCCUUCAAGUGCCGAUCGAUCCGAACUCACUUGCUUCCGGAAAACCGAUCAGUAAAGACUAGUGAAAACCAGUGAAGUGCUACGAAAUUCAACAGCGAAAUCGAGUCGCCUUGAUUUGCACUAUAAGUGCUCGCAACAAAUCGUGACCUCAAUAACGCAGGUCGACCGAGACUCGAGCCGCCCUCGAGUACCUCGCACGCGCGACCGUGUCUGCAGCCGGUCCGCGGGAGCCUAGCCUUCAUUUUGCAUUGCCCACGUGGCGAUUUUAAUUCGCUAUUCAAACUCGGAAACGACGCUCACGCCUCACAUUUAUUUAAACUAUCCCAUCUAUCGAGAAAUCGAAAGACGGGAAGCGACCAAACGCGGGUCGCCGCUCAUACAUUUUCUGGUGCCUCCCGUGAUGUGUGAGCUCGCGAACUAAGGACAUAGUGUAGCCAAGAGGCGUGAGACGGUGAUACACGUGGACAGUGCGCGCUCAAACGCAGCGCACGACGACUUGCAACCAUUGCAGAUCAUCAACUCGACGCCUCAACAUCAAUGCCAUCGCCGUCGCUCCUACGCCAGGACACCUGCCGCCCAGUAGUCCUCCACGUCUGCAAUUACUACCAGAUAAGUCAAUUUCUUUAAAAAUUAAUUUUUGCAUAUCGCCAUUCUCAAAGAAAAUCAAAUCAAGCUAUCGCUUUAUCACUUUCACAAUCGCUCGUUCCGAACCACGUGGCAAUUGUAUCACUUCCGCCAACGCGUCGCGUAGGGGUGCGUUCCGUUUCUUGCAUGAAAUGCAUGAGUAGCAGGGCAGGGCAUGGAGUGUAGAACCCGUUCCGUUUCUUGAAUGCACUACAUGCGUUUCUGGUAACGGAACAGAUUUCAUGCAGCUCAUUUUGUUUAGAUACUUCAAACAUGGAGAAUCAAGAUUUAAGAUUGAGCGAAUCGGAAUUAAUUUCUACAAUUGCUACAACAUUUUCUUUUACGAUAAAAGAAGAAGACUCAUGCAUGUCAAGAAGUAGUAGUAGUGAUGAAAGUGAUGAACUUUCGAGUGAUGAAGAGGAAGAUACGGAAAUUUUAUACGCUAUUCUAAUGGUGCAAAACACAAGAGGAGUGACUAUUCCAACUGAAAAAUUAUCAGAUUAUAUAGAACGAGUUGUGCCAGGUUAUUUACCACAACAAUUCAAGGAACACUUUAGGAUGUUUCCUGAAACAUACAACAUGAUAUUGCAUUUAAUCGGACCAGCUUUAUCUCAAACGACAAUUGGAAGAAAACAAAUAGACCCAGGAAAACAACUGUUAAUAACAUUAUGGUUUUUAGCUACACCAGACUCUUAUAGAUCAAUUCAUGUUCAAUUCGGAGUUGGCAAGGCAACUGCAUUCAGAGCAGUAAGACGGAUAACGUAUGCUUUACAUUGUCUCGCACCAAGGUUUAUUCAAUGGCCAAAAGGUGAAACAGUAAGAUGCACAAUUAACGAAUUUUCAAAAAUAAAAAAUUUUCCAAAUGUAAUUGGAGCUCUUGAUGGUUCGCACAUUAAAAUCAGAGCUCCAAAGGAAGAUGCUGCUUCAUAUAUAUGCAGGAAACAAUUUCAUGCAAUUCAUUUGCAAGCUGUGUGUAAUGCAAAAUGUGUGUUUACUCAUUGUUACGCAGGACAUGUCGGCUCGGUACAUGAUGCAAGAGUUUUUAGAAAUUCUACCCUUGCUCAUUACAUUGAGGUUCCAAAUGAAUAUUUUCCGUUUGACACUCAUAUUGUAGCAGAUGCUGCAUAUCCAAUUCAUCCGCAUGUGAUGGUUCCAUUUAGAGAUAAUGGUCAUCUCACAAUAUUUCAAACAAAUUACAAUACUCGUUUGUCUUCAACUAGGAUGGCCAUAGAGCGAGCUUUCGGAUUACUAAAAGUGCGGUUCCGUAUUCUACUAGAUUGUUUACCUUUGACUGAUGUAAAAAAGAUACCGCAAGUUAUAUUAGCUUGUUGUGUUUUACAUAAUAUCUGUAUGCUAAGAAAUGACGAGUUUCCAGUUGUGAUAUAUCCAGAAGAAAACGCUGUACCUGAUGUAAUAAGAGCAGAGGCAGAAUUAGGCAACAUUAAAAGAAACCGAAUUAUGUAUGAUUUAAGAAUGUAGCCCGGAUUCAUAAACAUUUUAUGCACAUUGUAAAUGAAAUUCAAUAAAUUUAUAUCAUGAAUAUA